AUGUCUGGCGCUAAGGUUUUAGGCGUUAUAGCCGCCUCUGAACAACUUGUUGAAGCUGCUUUCAAACUUGCGAAGUUUGUCAAAGCUGUGGUUGACCAGAUUCAAGAUGCUCCGGACCAAAUACGACGGGGGGUUGGGCGAAUUGAAAGCCUCGCCUCUCUCGCAGCACAGAUAAAAACCACAAAGCCACUACAGACAGAGGACGUUAAAAACAUAUUAAUUCGGUGCGAAAGCUAUAUGCGAGAGUUGCAAACACUCUUGGAAAAGAUUUCGUUCAAACAUAAUGACGCAUUGAGGAAGAAGACUUGGAAGGCUAUAUGCGGUUUACAAGAAGAAGAAGAUAUUAUGAAGCUCUUCGCCGUGCUGCAUCAAGAGUACAGCACGCUUGAUACUCAUAUUAACCUGCGCACCAAUGCAGUAGCCGAAGCUGUACUGGCCAAAUUGACCAAUCUCGACACACAAGGGCAACCUGCUAAUCCCAGCAAGAAAUGUCUCCAGGAUCUUUUCAUUACAGAUUCCGCAAUAGACCGCGCCAAACUUAUCACAUCCAAGGGAGAGAUUGUAAGCGGCACAUGCGACUGGAUCGCUCAAAGAAAAGAAUUCGUCAAUUGGAUAGCCUCUGGCGGUGGGCUGCUUUGGAUAUCAGGCGGCCCCGGCUUAGGGAAAACGAUGCUAUCCAUUUAUCUGACGGAAUAUCUCUCAAGCUAUUUCAGGCCUCUUGGGGAUGGGAAACGCCACUUUUCAACUUUCUUCUUCUGCGAUGCCAAAGACAAUACCCGGAAUAACUCGGUUGCUAUUGUUCGGGGAUUGCUCUUUCAACUCCUGCAGCAAAGAGGGGAUCUUAUCAAGCACAUCCUUCCAACUUACGAAGUCCAAGAAGAAAAAACAUUCCAGCAGAAUUCGUUUGAAACCAUCUGGAGCAUUCUUAUUAGAAUGAUAAAUGACGUUGGGGACUCGCAAGUGUCUUGUGUCCUCGACGGACUGGACGAAUGCGAGCCCGCAUCACUGCAAGACUUGCUAAACAAACUCAAAAAUAUCCCAAGUAGCUCUCCAAAGCUGAAAAUAAUAGUUUUGAGUCGAGAACAUCCAAGCUGCCUCGAGUUUUCACUAGGCCAGUUUUUGAGAAUUCGUCUUGAUCCAGACGCAAGGGCCGAGGUCAGCAAUGGACUGGAUUUGUACAUCUCAGCACGCGUUGCAGAGAUAUCAAAAAGCAAGAAGUAUCCGGAUCAGUUGACAAAUAACGUCACAAGGAUUCUAAGACACAAGUCUGCGGGCACAUAUCUAUGGAUUAGUUUUGUUGUUCAAGACCUUCACAACGUGGAGGUGUCCGAAGUGGAAGAGAGCUUAGACCAGCUCCCACGGGGAUUGUAUCCGCUCUAUGAAAGAAUUCUCAAUCAGGUCGGCCAAGAUUAUCGAGGUCUAACUCUGGAUAUUCUUCGGUGGUGCACGUUUGCGGUUGAGCCACUCACACUCAGUCAACUUGCUUCCAUUUUGAAGAUUAAACCCACCGACUUGUUGGAUCAAGAAUCAGUUUUGCGAGGAAAAUUGACAUACUGUGGCCACUUUCUGAGUAUAACGAAUGACGUUAUAAGUCUAGUUCAUCAAAGCGCUUACGACUUUUUGACAAGGAAAAUUCCAAACCAUGGGGAAAUCCCUUGGUUUUCACUGUCUAGCGCUGAAGUGGAGCAGUCGAGGCUGGCAUCUGCUUGUAUUGCCUACUUUCACGACGCGUAUCUCGAAGAUGUAGCUAUUUUUGAAAAUAUGGAUGAAAAGGAUACAAAAUUUCGGUAUCCAUUUUUUCUUUAUGCAACACACCAGUGGCACAAUCAUUUUAACCAUUCCAGCCAGCAUGGCAUCAGGAUACUGGAAGAAUACUCACAGUUCUUUUUUAACUCUCCAGUCUGGAUAAAAUGGGCCCACCGGGUGCUCUAUGGAAGCGAUGUAAUGUCUGUGGCGGCGAGGCUUGGUUUGACCGUUCUCAUGCAGCGAAUCCUAGAAGACAAGGGGCAUCGGCUAUACUGGAAAUAUUUGUUCGCCAGGGGAGACAGAGAAGAGGAUCUGCGAAUAGCCUCCGCGAAUGGACACCUCUCCAUAGUCAAAUUACUCCUAAAACAUGGAGUGAAUGUUGACGCUGGAGGUGGCGACACACCAUUAGCCUACGCUUCGUAUUUUGGUCAUCGAGAAAUAGUCGAAUGUCUAUUGGCCAGCGGUGCAAACAUCAACGGCGCAGAGGGGGAAGUACCACCUUUGUUGAACGCCAUCUCAACGAGAAAUUCUCAGAUGGUGAGAUUGUUACUUGAAUGGAAACCCCACCACAGCACAAGGCCUCGCCGCAACUGGCCGUUACUGGGGAAAACGACAACUCGAGAGCAUUCUUUAGAUGUGAAUUGCCAAGACUUCCCUGAAGACACACCACUUCACCUGGCAGUGGAAGAAGGCAGCAUUGAAAUAAUACGUCUACUUUUGCAACACCCUGACAUUGACGCAAAACUGGUGAAUAAAUGGGGCCUUAGCCCUAUGCAAUCAGCGUUAAUAUACCGCCAAGCGGAUGUUGUUCAGUGCCUAGUAAAGAGUGGGAAAGUGCCUCUCCCCCAGCCCGAUGAGAACUGGGGGUGUGGUGCAAUACAUUUUGCAACCUAUCAUUACACAGAAUUCAACUCUCUACAUACGACUUUUGCGGACAUUCUAUAUGAGCCUCUGGCGGACCAGAUUGAGAUACUGCAGCUAAUUACUGAGGAGCUCGGAGUGGACCCGCAGUUUCGAACAGCCAAAGUAAGCCGCCCUGAUGAUAGGUGGCAUUUACAUCAUACUGUUGAUGACGGUGACGAUGAUGAGCUAUCUAAUUCCCUCUCGCUUCUGAACCGUCGCUUCUCCUAUCGUGGGAUCGGCCGCAUGACAUUCAUGGACCAGCAUGGUUCCUGUUAUGAGACGGCAUUAUCUCUAUGUGUACAAAGGGACAACGAAACAGCCAUCAGCUACUUUUUAGGUAGCUGCAAUGUCGACCCAAGCGCAUCUUGUAGAGGCUGUGACGGUGCAACUGCUUUACAUGUCGCUGCGCAAAACUUGCGGGUCGAUAUUGUUCGCCUUUUGCUCUCCAAAUGGAAGGUUGAUGUCAAUUGUAUGGAUCGCUUUGAGCGAACGCCACUUCACUUGGUUGUAAGCACGAUGCUAUCUCCUAGACGUGACAUUACUAGGGGAAAAGAUAUUAUUACGGAGCUUGUAGCAGCUGGUGCGCAGCGUACUGCAAUGGAUAUUCACGGCCACACUCCUCGAGAUUUAUUCGAGGCGCGAGAAGUCGCCGAUCAGGAAAGAGAAGAAGUGUUCAAGAGCAUGGAAUUGGAGAAAUUGUUGAGAGACGAAUAA